UAUGCACUUAAGUUGACUUCUGUAGUUCUGUGAAGAGAUAACAUGAAUAUUGGAAUUUAAUUAGAGCCUAUCUAAUAUAAGGACAUAGCAAAGAGAGAGAGAAAUUAAAGAGAUGGAGAAGAGCAAGGUGCUUAUUAUUGGAGGAACAGGGUACAUAGGAAAGAAAUUGGUGAAGGCAAGUUUAGGUUUGGGACAUGAAACUUAUGUUCUUCAAAGGCCAGACAUUGGUCUUGACAUUGAUAAGCUUCAGCUUCUAUUUUCAUUUAAGGAGCAAGGUGCUAAGCUUCUCAGAGCUUCCCUUGAUGAUCAUCAAAGCCUUGUCAACGCCGUGAAGCAAGUUGAUGUGGUGAUUUCCGCCGUAGCCAGUGUUCCCUUCCGCGGCCACCAUAUACUCCAACAGCUCAAACUUGUUGAUGCUAUCAAAGAGGCCGGGAAUAUCAAGAGAUUUUUGCCUUCUGAGUUUGGGACAGACCCAGCAAGAAUGAAGCAUGCGUUGGAGUCAGGAAGAGCAACAUAUGAUGAUAAAAUGGUAGUGAGAAAAGCCAUAGAAGAGGCCAACAUACCAUAUACCUAUAUUUCUGCUAACGGUUUUGCUGGUUACUUUCUUGGUGGCCUAUGUCAAUUUGCCCAAAUUACCCCUUAUGUUGACUCUGUAGUCUUGUACGGAGAUGGCAAUGUCAAGGGAAUUUAUGUAGAUGAAGAUGAUAUAGCUAUGUAUACUAUCAAAACAAUAGAUGAUUCAAGAACACUUAACAAGACAGUAUACAUAAGACCACCGAAAAACAUUUUAUCCCAAAGAGAAGUUGUCCAAAUUUGGGAGAAGCUAAUUGGAAAAGAACUGCAGAAAUCUUCAAUUUCUGUACAAGAGUUUUUAAGUUCCAUGAAAGGGAAACCAUAUGAAGUGCAAAGUGGAAUGGUGCAUUAUUAUCAUGUUUGCUUUGAAGGUUGUCUAACAAAUUUUGAGAUAGGAGAAGAUGGGGUUGAAGCUUCUCAACUUUAUCCUGAAAUCAACUACACUACUGCACAUGAAUACUUGAAACGCUUUCUAUAAAGUAUUGUGGAUGUGUUAAAAUACGGUGAAAAUUCAGGUGCAGUAUACUUUAGGUGAAGUUGAUAGUUAAGAAUUAUUAGAUCAAAAUUUAGUCAAAUCAAUCAAAUCAUCUAAUAACUCUUAGUUAUCAACUUCACGUGAAGUUGCUUGCGGCUGUACCUGAGUUUCCACCGUUAAGUAUUUAGCAAGUUAAUUAAGUUGGUUAUGGUUCAUUCAGUUAACGAUUCGUUUAGUUUCAUUGUCAACCUGUUGCUUCAUUGGAUUUGAAGUUGAACUUGGUUAAAAAUUGUGUUAAGUACUUUUAUAAUAAAAGAAGUAAAAUAAUUUUAUACGUACAUAU